UCCAAGUUACCACUAAAAUGCAAAUCGCGAAAUUGUAGACAAUUUAAUGUUUUUAAAAUGUCGGCUCGUAAUUGCCGCACCUGCGGCAAAUUUAUCUUCUGUUCGACACCCAAGAAUCUCUUUCAGGAGCCCGAUUCUGUAACGCUGCACCAGAUAGAGGUUCUAACGGGUUUGUUUUUGCUGGAGGGAUCGGAGGACGAGUUACCCGCCUUUAUGUGCGCACCCUGCGAAAUGGACUUGCGGGAAGCAGUUUCCUUCCGGGAGCGCGUGAUUCUCACCCAAAAACAGCUGCAAAGCAGUCACAGCAAUAUGGAUGUCAUAGAUUUGAACGAGUCUUUUGGGGCUGUUCAAAAGGAAGACAUAGAGAUUGUUGAAGAAGUCCCGGAAAUCGAGAUUAUAGACGAAUUGCUGGAAGAACCUUUGCUGGAAGAACCUCCGCUGGAAGAACCUCCGCUGGAGGAGGAGGAACGGCCCCUGAAAGUGUUCCAGAAGAAGGGACAGCUUCAGGAAAAGAACGAGGAGCAGGAGAAACUUCAUAGAAGGCCAUCUAAGACCAGAUCCACUGUCUGCACGUCCGUAAAGUUUGCGGACACCAAUCGCCACAUGCCGCGCACCCAAUGGGACAGGCUCACAGAGGAUGAGGUGGUGGCCCUGAAACGGGAGCGCCGCAAAAGGGAGUGCAUCUGCGAGCAAUGCGGCCGGCAUUUCCCCUGUCCCAGCAAUUUCAAGCUGCACCUGCUGCGCCACACUGGCGUCAAGGGAUUCGCUUGCGACCAGUGUCCGCAAAAGUUCUACACCGCCACUUUGCUAAGGCGCCAUCAGGAACUGCACGCGGGCGCUGCUCCAUAUCCGUGCCGCUACUGCGAGGCGUCCUUCAACAACUCCACCGGACGCAUCCAGCACGAGCGAAUCCGUCAUACGAACAUUAAGCCAUUCAAGUGCAACGAAUGUGAUAAAAGCUUCGCCAUGAGCGGCAAACUCCGCACCCACAUGCUCAGUCACACUGGAGUACGAGCCUUUCACUGCGAGCCCUGCAAAGUCUCCUUUGUCCGGCGAUCUCAUCUGCUAGCCCACUUCCGUUCUAAGGGCCACGCCCACACCACGAGCGCCCAGGAGGACGUGGACAAGGUUCUGGAACUUGACGUGGACACGGUGCUAGAAAGCGGUAGCUAAACAACUCUAAUUUUCCCAUGGGAACCCUAGCUUUAUGUAGUUUUAAAUUUGGAUUAGUUGUAAACUUUUCGAGAAUUUAAUGUGGAUCGAUUAAUGGUUUUAUAAUCAGAAAGACGUAUUAGUUUCGUGGACACAAGCUGGCUAAUUAAUUCGGCCUUCCAUUUACUGUCCACACAAGAAUUUACAGUCUGGAUCUCGAUCUGGAGAAUAUGGAAAAAGUAUUAAAAAGUUAACAAACUGUAAAAAAAUGAAUAAUUGGACCAUCAAUAAUUUACUUUUUUGAUAAGUUCAACUAACAUUAAUUGCAGAGAUCGAAAGUCUUUUAAAAUGUUAUAAAUAAUGUAAUUUUAAACACAUUUUUGAUUUUGCUAUGUUAAUAAUUUAUAGAAGCUAUAAAUUUCUUUGAUACAGAUUUUA